ACCGAACGCUUACUGAGCUCUCUGCCAUCGCGCUGGGAAAGAAGUUGUCUGUGUAAAGUGUGAAACACCUCCUUCGGAUAGAAUCAACACUAAAUUUUAAAGCUGUCGGCGUAUUGUGCUGUAGAGGAUGGUUUAGUUAGCCACACUGCGAACCAAUCCAGCAAUUGUUUUAGGGGUUUUCUACUAGAAAUUAUAUUUAUAUUUUGAAGAAAAAAAAUGCAUCAGUGAAGUCAAUUAGAGAGAGUGUUUGGUAACCAUCUUAUUUUGAAUCUAUAAUCUAGUUCCCAUGACAAUGGGAAAAGACAAACCUGGAAAUGCUCAACAGAAGAAGUUCCUAUGCCCAAGACUGAUUGAUUAUUUAGUUAUUGUUGGUGCUCGGUACCCAAAUCGAAAUAACAAUGUAUCGCAAACACCAGAAUUAGUCCGCAGGUAUCCCAUUGAGGACCAUGAAGACUUCCCAUUGCCGCCGGAUGUUGUGUUCUUCUGUCAACCCGAAGGAUGUAUCAGUGUUGGCCAGAAACGCAUGAGCUUGCGCGAAAACACUUCAUUUGUGUUUACAUUAACUGAAAAAGACUCUGGCAAACUGCGGUAUGGUGUCUGUGUCAAUUUUUUCCGACCCUUUGACAAGAAAACAUCUGAGUACAGAAGUAAGGAAAAGAAAACAAUACACAAUGAGAAUCAGAAAACGUGUGAACAAAAUGCUCUUUCAGUGCCAAUCAGUGACCAACAAGAUGGUGAAAAAUCACCGCGUACCAGGCGGCGGUAAAAGGCGAAGCGCAUACGAAACAAUACAUUGACUUCAAUUUGCAUACUGAGUCAUCAUCCUUUUUUUACAUCAUUUCGAGAAUGCCUGUUUAUACUGAAGAAGAUGAUUGACGCCUGUAGUGAGCGAACCAGAAAAAAAGUCGGUACGAAAAUUAGAGAUUCAGUUUGGAGUGUGUUGUCUGGAGUCUGUGAAAACCCUGGUAUUGUAAGACACGAUGUCAGAGAGCUUGAAACCUGGAUAUUGCGCCUUCUCAGUGCACCUGUUCCUGUGCCCGGAAAAACCAGAAUUGAGCUUCAAAUUUUACCCUUGCAUAUGCACUCUGCCCUAACCUUAGCACUGCCAGAUCACACCAGAUAUAGUAUAGCCGACUUUCCUCUUCAUUUGCCGCUUGAACUUCUCGGAGUUGAGACAUGCCUCAAAGUAUUGACAUGCAUACUCCUUGAACACAAGGUUGUUCUGCAAUCAAGAGACUACAAUGCAUUGUCCAUGAGCGUCAUGGCAUUUGUAGCUAUGCUAUAUCCAUUAGAAUACAUGUUUCCUGUUAUACCCCUAUUGCCAACAUGUAUGGGAUCAGCUGAACAGCUCUUAUUAGCUCCCACACCCUACAUCAUUGGAGUACCUGCAAGUUUCUUUCCAUACAAAGCUGGUUUUAGAAUGCCUGAUGAUGUCUGGCUUAUAGAUCUUGAUUCAAAUAAGAUUACAGUGCCACUAAGUGCAGAUGAGUUGCCAGAUUUACCUGAACCAGAAGGAACAGUGUUGAAAAACCACCUUAAACAGGCGAUUGAGUAUUUUGGUGAAUGGUUACUGAACCCAUCUAAUGUAGCAUUCCUUAGAGUACACACUGGUGUGUAUGAUCCACAACUUAUUGGGGACAAACCAAAAUGGUACAGUGCACAGAACAGUCCUGUGAGUUUUAAUGUGUAUGAUGAGAAAUUAACCCUGGCUUCUACGCUAGCUGCUUCCAUGGACGCAACGUCUGAUGACGAGGACCCAACGGACGAGAGUGGCAGUAACACUGAAGAAGAAGAAGAAGAUGAUGCAGGAAGUACAAGUUCAUCAUAUUCAUCACUGAGUGACUUUGUUACUGAUAUUAUCAAUAGCGAUAUUACAGGUGAUGUUAUGCAAGACGAGUAUGAUUGUGAGCCAUCAUCAAAUGCGGUUGAUAUGGAACAUCAUUCCAUAUAUGCACCGCCACUUGAACUUCAAAUUCCACUUGCUGCUAUGAGUAACAGUGAUUCCACAUUCUCCAUACCAGACAGCGAGUCAUCGACAUCAAGUUUUGCCGAUGGGGAAGACUCCACGUUUAUGUAUCAUAAUGCGUCAAUGAAGUUAGAUACACCUAUGUCACCAGAGCAUCCACCUGAAGUUUUUCUAUCAGGUGCCGACACAGAUGCUGAUGUUGAAAGUCUUAAAUAUGACUCUGACAGUAACUACAGUGGAACCACAGCAAACACUGUUGAGUACUUAGGAACUCCCACACAGGGCAGACAUUCAAUUGAUCAUGACAAUAAUUCUAUACGAUCGGAUCCAGGUCUUUCAACACAGGGGAAAGAAAGUCCCCUUAUACAGCGCGGAGGUCGGUCUGGAUCACUUCCUGAAGGAAGAUCAACUGAUUCUUCUCCACGCAAGCAAAACGCUGUUGAAUCAAACAAGUCCAGUCCAAUAAUGAAUAAGAUAAGUGCAAUACUACGAUCAAACUCAACAGAAACGUCACCAGUGAUGAGUAAAAAGAAACCAUAUUUAAAGGGAGUUGUUGAAAGUGCAAGUGUUGAAAAAGACCCAAAUGGCUCACCAACUUCUCUUGCUAGUAGUGACUACAACAGUUACCCACCGAGUGUUAAAUCUGAUCCUGGUCACUAUAGAAGUAGUAGCGGCGUCUCCAGUAUGAGUCUACCGAUUGGAAAUUCUAGAAAAAAGAAGCAUCUCAGUCCAUUCCCGACAGGUAAUAGAAAGGCACUCGUAGAGAGAUCUUCUUUAAUCAAACAUAGCUCUACAGGGAAGAAAACGCCAGAAAAAGAGAAACCCAGUCCAACUUCACCACCAGAGAUUCUCGCAUCUGUGGAGAAUCAGCAGUUCUUGAAGGAAUUAAUUCGUAAUGUGAUGGAGGGUAAUGGUGUUGGAUGGCUGAGUUUACCAAGACUUAGAAAGCUAAUGCUUAAUGAAAACUUGCGAGCUCAAGUUGUGACCCAGCUGUAUCCCCAAGAUAGCACAGUUACGGAGGAUUACAUAGAAGAUAUUAGAAUUAGCAAACAGGUGUACAAAGGCAUUUUAGUAGUAUUGAAAGCUGUGAUUACUGGUUUAGAGCAAACAUAUGAAACUAGUGGUGCUGGUGGCAUGGCAAGUGCCUUCACACUAUUGGAAAUUGCACAUACGCACUACUAUGGCAAAGACCUUGAUAAGAGCCAGAUGGCUCAACGGAAAGGAGCAUCAACACCUGAUGACGAAAGUAUGUUUGGCAGUCGUGAGGGUUUGUAUAUGAUGGGGGAUUUUGGUGGUAGUUUUCACAACUUUCAUCCAUACGGCAGCACAAAGUAUGACACACAUAGCUUGAAUGAAGACAAUCUCAUUGCCGCACUAGAGAGUUGGAAUGCUAAAGAAGGCAGAAACUGUGAUGAAGGACACUCUCCCAAAAUGGAAGACAAUCGUAACAAUAGCUCUUUUGAUAUAGUGGAUGAAGCCGAGAUAGCAUCUUUGGGUAGCGGUGUAGGAGCAGGUAUACAGGGUGCUAUAGGUAUUGCCACUGGAAUGGUCAUCUCAGGCACAGAGCAGGACGAAGACAGAGGAAUCGAGAUUGUUGCCAAGGCAACGAAUGGCGAAGGGUUGAACCCGUCCGAUGUGUUGUCGAAGCGGAAUAAACAGAUGCAGAAGUUGUCAAGUUUUGAUUCAGAGGCGUCUGAAGCAAGUACACUAGUGAGCAACAGUUCAGACACGCUAGGAAAUGAUAGCGACAUGAGUAACGAGAGUGGUGAAGGAAAAUCCAGGAAGAAAUCACGAAUUAAUCAUCAUACCAUUCGUAACGUGAUGUCUGAUAGUGAAAUUGAACUCAAUGGGCCUGCGCAGCUAGCACGGAGGAAACGAUUACCCAGCGUCUGGAACGCCAAAAGCCGUGUCAGUGCUGGAUUCCGAUAUCAUGCUGGUAACAUGAUUGCUACAGACAUGUCAGUAUCACCCGACAUCACUCGUCAGUAUCUAUUUGAAGGUUUGAUUGGUAAAGAUAAAUCACAGCUGUAUAGUAAUAUGCAAUUUUGGGAGGAUGUAUAUUUAGAUCAGGUAGCUACUGAGAGAGACGCUGUGGGAAUGGAUCAAGGACCUUCUGAAAUGAUGCACAGGUAUUUUGGUUUGGGUCCGUUGGAAAAGAGACGACUAGAAGAAGAUGAAGAUAAGUUACUAGCUACACUACUGUACAAUAUGACAGCAUUCAUGGUGAUGGUGAAAGUACCAAAACCAGAUGUGAAGAAAAAAAUUAGACGUCUUCUAGGAAAGUCACAUAUUGGUCUGAUACAUAGUCAUGAAAUCAAUGAACUUUUAGAUGAAAUUAACAACUUGGUAUGUAAGAAUUUAGUUGAUUAUAUUGCAUUACAGGUGUGUGACGAUGCUAUCAUCAUACGUAGUGGAAACGGAGCAGUGUGUGAUAGAUGUUGGUACGAGAAGCUUAUCAACAUGACCUACUGUCCAAAGACGAAAGUCUUAUGCUUAUGGAGAAAGGUACUUCAAGAAACAAGGCUUGAUAAAUUCUACACCAAAAAAUGUCGUGAAUUAUACUAUUGUGUUAAGGAAAGCAUGGAGAAGGCAGCUCUACGGCAGAAUGGUAAUGAACUUGGCGGGGAAUUCCCUAUCCAGGACGUCAAGACUGGAGAGGGUGGUUUAUUACAAGUCACACUGGAAGGAAUUGGUCUGAAAUUUGCACAUACCAAGCAAUUUAUUGAACUUAAAGAUAUCAAGAAAUGCCACACUAAGAAAGAUGUUUUCAUAAUUCAUGAAUAUAAUUCCCAAUUGAAAGAGGUUUCAAAGAAACGUUAUAAAUCUAGUAUGGCUAAUGAGAUCUGCUACGCUGUACUCUGUGUUUUCUCCUAUGUCGCCGCUGCUAGAAGUGCCGAAAACAAUCGUAAAGAACUUGAGGCCAAGAUGGCGAUAAAGCGUCAUGAAUAUUUACAGGAACUGUAGAACGCUUAGCUUCACGUAGUGUGUAUUUCAUGGUGAGAUGUCUGCGAUGCCAAAAUAUCAGUGAUGGUUGCCUUACUAUAUUGUCUGGGAAUAUAGAAUAGCAGCCUCAGACAUCAUCAUGAAAUAUGAUAAUUUAUAUGGUUGUUAUAUAUAUGACAUAAAACUGAUGUCACUGCAAUUUAAUGGCGAUAUUCACAGGGCUUGGAAAUCAUGAAACCAAUGAUUCUCUGCAAAAAAAACAAAAAAAAAAUUAACUUCACUGCUACAACUAAUUUCAAUUUCAAACUAUUUUCGCAGAAUUUUGAAAAAUUUGCCUUGCAAAAUAAAAGUGGUUCAAUCUAUUUUGUAACUGUGUAAAAUGCAUGCCUUUUUGAAAAUGAUUGUCAGUGAUAUAGUUAAACAUUUAGGAGUAAUUUUUUGAGUUUUAUGUGUGUACAUGUGAUAUGAACUCAGAAUGAAUUUUUGUUACUUUUUAACAGUCUCCUCAUAUUGGGUGCACCCUGACAACACCCAUUAGAUGUAAUCAAAAUGUUACCUGGGAUAAGUAGUAUUAUUGGGUACACUUGAUUUGUUUGAGUUGGUGCAAUCACGUCUAAAAUCUCUCCCUUUGUGGCGCCAUAUUCGCUGGGAAACGGUGUGUCCUUCAGGCCGAGAUGACACGCCACUGUUGCAAUAAAAUUUUGCUGUGUGCUAACUCACUGGCCCAACAGAAAUUAUGACUUUGAAAAACAUCUUCCUAUAGUUUUUAUUGUAAUUUGGUAAAAUGAAAUUCACAUUGAUGAACAAAAUAAGUAUAAAAACAAAGGAAAUCAGGGACCACAGCAUUUUUGUUUAAAAUCACGCAAGACCGACCUCCCCAGCUGUCAACAAGCUAACUCAACUUGAUUUUUGGGGGUUCCAUUUUGACUGGGUGGGGCACACUGAUAGGGAACAUGUGACAUAUGAUCAGGACACUCAAAUAUGUAUAGUUUAGCAAUAUUUACAAUGCAUGCUAUAAAACAAUUCAUUCCACUGUAAUGAACAUAUAUAUAUGCUAGAAAGAAAGAAAGGUCUUGUAUAUGUUACCGGUAGAUGUAUUAAUAUAGUAAAUGGCCUUAAACUGAUGUCACACCUGUUAUACAUAAUUUCACAUAUGUCUUGUGAUCAAGCAAACGCUGAUGAUACUGACAGACUAGAAAUAUAUUGACUCCCUGUUUAGAUCCAAGAUAAGAUUUGUUGCGUAACAUGAAUCCAUGUAUAUUUACACUUCAAUAUGUGCAAUAGUAUCAACUCUCAUUUCUUUCAUUCAUUUUUAGACUUGCAUUGAGCUAUGUCUCAGGUCAAUUAUAUAAUGCGUUUACUUUUCACAGUGUCAAGUUUAUGUAAAAUUGAACGGAUUUUCCAUGGAAGUUUUAUUUAUUUCUAUUUUUUUUACGUGUUUGAACACAUGUUGCUCUUCAAAUCUAUUUUGACUGUUGAAUGCAGUUCUUGUGAAAAAGAAAAAUUGAUUUCUAUACGUGCAACAGGUUGAACUUACAAUAGGGCGUGUUCGUGUUAGGUGGGGUGGGGUGCAAUAAUCUGAAUUUUUGAACAGCACCCUCUAUAGUUUGUAUCAAGAGUUUCCUUUUAUGUAUCUGGUGAGAUCCUGAUGCAUGUGUUUGCAUAUGUGAGAUAAAUUUACAUAUUCCAUUUUUUUUUCAAGCUGGGUAUUUUCACUGGCGGGUGAAAAUAAAAUCCAUGAAAAAUAGUCUGUGAAAACCAUUAUGAACAGAUUGUUAGUUAUAAUAAAUAAAUACACAUUUAUCUAGAGGUAGACGAUAGUAUCAUACAUUCAACUGUGUUUACAUUGAUGUACAGUCGGUGUAUCGGUCAUCCUCGCCAAACGAUUAUAGCAAACCAAUAAUGUAUUAUGUAUUCAGCAUUCCAUGCAAAAUGUACAGUGUUAUUAAUUUUUUUAUAAUAUUUUCAUAGAGUUGAUACAGUGUAUGAAAUCAGUUUUACGUGGAAUGGGCAGUUUAGUGCUGUCAAUAGUUAAUUUUAAAAGACAGUUUCAUAGGAUUCGUAGCGGGCCCUACAAUGUCAAUUACGUGGUUACAGAUGACAUUGUGCAGUUUUGGUUUAGUUGUAUGUUAUAGAAAUCAACACCAGUUUAUUUUAGUCUGGGGGGGAAAUGUUAAUGAAUCGUAUGUUGCAAAGAUGGGAAAAGUGUAAUAGAUUGAGGGUGGGGCUGGGUACGGUGUACGGAUGGUAUUUGUAAUUAUAGAAAACAAAUUUAUACCCAAGUGACAAUUUAGUGUUUUAUAAAUAUAUAUAUAUGAAAAAGUAUUUACACUGUUAUCAUAACAACUAAUAUAGAAAUU